GCAGCUUGUCUGCAAUGCUGUAGUACGUUUUCAUGCUUGGUAUUGUGGGAAGUUGUGGCGCUGCGUCGUGUCAUGUCGGCGGCUUCUAAGGCAGCCCUGGGGGUUUCUGUCCUGCUCUCGGGCGGAGCCAUUGUUGGUGUCCACGUCCAACAGAGACGUCUCAGAGAGAGGCUACGGGAAGGCGUGUACAGAGAUCUUGAGAGACAGAAAUACAAGGAACAUUUCCAUCUUUUAGAUGAACAUACUACUUUGACCACACAACUUGAACCUGAGAAUAGCAAAAUGCUAAUGGCAAGAAAAUCCCAAGUGUGA